GAGCAGGCUAGCGAAGGGGACGGAAGGGAGGGGAGAGAGCGUGAGAGAGAGAGAGAGAGAAAAGAGGGGGAGCACAUGUGUAUGCUUGUCACUAAGGGGCUGGGAGAAGGACUAAGGGAAGCGAGGUAGCUGGCCACAGCCGCCAUAUGCUGACUGGAUUCCUGUUCAUGUCUGCUGCGUGAAGACUGUAGGUUUCUGUUGUGUGCUGGCCGGCUGGGGAACACACCAUGGGAAGCUCACAUCUCCUCAACAAAGGCAUGCCUCUAGGCAUCAGGCCACCCAUCAUGAACGGGCCCAUGCACCCGCGCCCCCUGGUGGCGCUGCUGGACGGGCGCGACUGCACUGUGGAGAUGCCCAUCCUGAAAGAUGUAGCAACUGUGGCCUUCUGUGACGCUCAGUCCACACAGGAGAUCCAUGAGAAGGUGCUGAAUGAAGCAGUAGGAGCUCUGAUGUACCACACCAUCACUCUGAUGAGAGAAGACCUAGAGAAGUUUAAAGCUCUGCGUAUCAUCGUCCGCAUCGGCAGCGGCUAUGACAACAUUGACAUCAAAUCAGCCGGGGAACUGGGCAUCGCCGUAUGUAAUAUGCCAGCAGCUUCAGUGGAGGAGACGGCGGACUCCACGCUGUGUCACAUCCUCACCUUAUACCGACGUACCACCUGGCUGCACCAGGCUCUCCGGGAGGGCACACGGGUUCAGAGCGUGGAGCAGAUCCGAGAGGUGGCGUCAGGAGCGGCGAGGAUCAGAGGAGAGACACUGGGACUCAUAGGGCUGGGUCGAGUGGGCCAGGCUGUAGCCCUGCGUGCCAAGGCCUUUGGCUUCAAUGUGAUUUUCUAUGACCCUUAUUUGGCUGACGGAGUAGAAAGAUCCCUGGGACUACAAAGGGUCACCACACUACAGGACCUGCUCUUCCACUCCGACUGCGUGUCUCUGCACUGCAGCCUGAACGAACACAACCACCACCUGAUCAACGACUUCACCAUCAAACAGAUGCGUCAGGGGGCGUUCUUGGUAAAUACAGCCAGAGGGGGUUUGGUGGAUGAGAAGGCCCUGGCUCAGGCUCUGAAGGAGGGGAGGAUACGUGGAGCUGCUCUGGAUGUUCACGAGACAGAACCUUUCAGUUUCAGUCAGGGCCCGCUAAAGGAUGCCCCCAACCUGAUCUACCCACAUGCUGCCUGGUACAGUGAACAGGCAUCGCUGGAAAUGAGAGAGGAGGCAGCCAGGGAGAUCCGAAGGGCUGUCACAGGGCGUAUCCCAGACAGUUUGAAGAACUGUGUGAAUAAGGAGUUCCUCACCAACAACCACUGGGCAGGAGUUGACCCAGCUACCGUCCACCCUGAGCUAAAUGGGGCUUAUAGGUAUCCCACUGGAGUGGUAAGCUUGCCAGCCGGUGGCCUCCCGCCUCCGGUCGAAGGCAUUGUGCCCAGCGCUGUGCCCAUCACACACACCCUCCCCCCUGCCGUCACACACCCUCCUCAUGCCCCGUCUCCUGGACAAAACACCAGUCAAGCCACCAGAGGGCGACAGAGAGCAACAUCCAAAUGACCAACUGUAGCCACACACACACUCACACACGCAAAAACACACACACACACUUGCCGUGUUGUCUGAUAACUGGGGGAGGUCAGCAUGGCAACCGGUGUGAAAGCGGUGAGUUCCCUAGCAACAAGUUGUUAUCAGACAGGUUCACAGAGUGUCAAGAUCGACAGGUUGAGGUCCCCAAAACAAUCGAUUCACAACUCUCUGGCAAUUGGUUCCCAGCCGCCAGUUCACACUCCAAAGAGGAAGAAGAAGAGGAUAAUGAUAAAGAGGAUGAGGAGGAGGAGCGGAUAGCUGUCGAAUGCUCUAAUCAAAGCACAUGACAGUUGUCCUCUGCCCCAACCAGAAGUCCUGAGAAAGACUGUAAAACUCAAGGUCCGCAGGUUGAUGUUCACAUAAGUUUAGCCGAGUUUUAAAUAGCUUCCUCUGCUAAAAAAAAUAAAUAAAAACAACUGUCUCUUGAUUUGGAAAGAAAAAAAAAAAGAAUACUGAAUCAAAUUCUGCUGUUUUAGACUGUAGUGUGUCCAAAGUUAGAGGAGCAGGUUUCAUGUCUUUCUCUCCUUUUUUCUGUGUCCUUUCCUUAGUCUGAUGUACAAGCAAAAGUAGUAGGUUAUGAAAUGAAUGUAACCUGUCUGUGUACAGUUUUUAGACUUACAGCAAGAAGAUACUGAUAUUUGUAUUCCAGUCUUAACAAAAACAAGAGUUAUGUGAUCUCUCUUUAUGUAGCCAAACUGGUUUGAGAUACAAUAUCUGUUUGUUUGUUUGUUUUUUUUCAUGUGUCCCCAAAAUAACAAGCCCCCCCAAAAAAGAGGCAGCUUUUUGCACACCAUCUCAGGAAAUUAAGUUUCCGCAGUUGGUAUAUAAUUUUUUUUUUUUUUUUUUUUUUUUUUUUUACAUUUUUUUGUUUUAAAAAUUCCUUUUCAUGCCACUUAGUGCUUUUGUUUUCUACCUGCUUGCCUUUUCAUGUCCCACCACAUUAGAAAAAGAACUUUAACAAGAGCUAAAGUCGAUCUAAUGUUUGCUUUUCUUUGUUAUGUUAAAGGGGCAUGUGGUUUUGCUCUUGGGAGUUGUGUAAAUGUUUGACCCAAAUCAAGGGGGUUGCGGGAGGAAAGGCUGUAGGGAAGUGGCAAAAUGGUAUGCUUGUCUAGGGCGACUUCAUCCCUAGUCUCAAUUUUUAGUGGUUGCGUUACUAACUCUGUAAGACAAAGCAGGUCAUCCUUAAGGUGAUUCACUGAGAGUUUGUAGCAGCUUACAGUUCGAGAGACUGUGUCAUAAAAGGUACUUAUCUUUGCCUUCUUCAUGUCUAAUGAUCCAGCACUUCCACAGUCACACAUUUAUUGUCAUGAACAGUUCGGCACACCGAGGUUUACAAAUGAUGCACAGCAUUCAUAAAUCAGUGUGCUGCUUCAUGCUGUUAAAUCAGUAUUUUACUGAAGUUGCCCUUCUAGCUCCAGAUGUGUUAAAUCAGCCAAAACACUUGUGAAAACCUGCAUCAAAAAACUGCUCUGCUUUCUGCCAAAAACAUUUUCGGUUCCAAUUUGAAGUUCAAAUCACUUGUACAGACAUCACAUCCAGUUAAAGACUGUUAAUGGUUACUGACAGAUGAGGAAAAGUUGUGUGUGCUUAAAGUUAGGGUCAAAUCAAAUUUUCAUAUGAUCUGCACCCAAGUCGACCUUUUAAGACUUUUAAAAAUGCUUUAUGGCUUGUCAGUUUAAACUGCUUUCUAAAAAGAGAAACAACCCGCAUAUGCGAAUGAAAAACUAUGGUUUUAUAGAAACGUGUGAGACAUCAUACUGUAUAUGCACUAUGAAGUAAAGGUGUUAAAUGAUAGCAUGUCAGAAUGUACGGAUUGCUCCAGUCUAGUAUCCCUUUAACAUUUCAUGAUGGCUCCUUCCUGAGUAUACCGUUUAGCCACCCUCUGUGGCCUCUGUGUCUAUGUGUACAUACGGUGUUCUGCCUGCCUGUGUCAAUGUGACUUGGUUGUAUCUGUGUCGAAAAAAGCAGCACUGGGAGGAGGGGUGGUGGCUAGUACUCUCCACAAGGCAUCGUUACAAAGACUGCCAUCUAAAUACACAACUAAACACUAUGUAAAGAACUAAAAAUGCUUCACAUCUAAAGUAGCAAACUGAGCCAGUAAUCCAAGUUUUUACUGGUUACGUUCCCACAAAAUGCUGAAAUUGUUACAGAGGUAAAAUAUCUAAAACUUUUUGCUAUCUCAAAUAUUUAUUACUGAUUCCAGCUCAUGUGUUGUUGAUGUUAGCAGGCCAGCUAAGUGAUGGUGCUUUCUCGAUCCCCUUCUACCAGCAGCUGAGUAGUUAAAACAGUUCACUGUUGCCUACCUGGUCGUCUUCAUGGUGAGGUAGUAAGCGUAGCGAUCAGGGAUGGAAAUUUCACUAGCCAUUGGUGAGUAUUUCUUCAGCACAAUUUAGUGUUGAGUUCUAACUGGCCAGAAUCUGAAGGGGCGGUCUAGUACAGAGGGUACUGAUGUGACAUUUAAAUAUCACUGUCAGGCUAGAGCCCCAAAAUCCUGAAAGGAAUGCUGGAAUAUUUUGAACUUUACUCUUAAUCUCUCCUCACCAGACGCCUGUCAUUAUGUGGGAGAGAAACUCUUUGCCAGAACUUCCUAAUAUAAACUCUAAGCAUUCCUUUAUUCAAGCCGAUGGGUGCCACAAGUAAAAAAAAAAAAAAAAAAAAAA